UAACGAUUGGUGAAUAAUAAAUAUAUAUGAAAAUAGAACACUUGUGUAUAAAUACGACGAAAAACGUACUUUUCAUAAUAGUUGGCUUUAAAAAAUCACACAAGUUACAUCUUUAUUUUUCAUUAAGUCCAUAGUGCCCGAAACCAAAUUUUAUUGUAAAAUGUCUAUGGUGCCAUUGUUCUUCCGAGAUUGGUGGGAAGAUUUCGAACGUGAGCGAUUACCAAGACGAUUAUUGGACCAACACUUUGGUCUAGGAUUGCAUAGAGAUGAUCUUUCCAAUUUAACGUCUACUCUUACUUCUCCUUCUCUGAGAUCAGCUGCAUACUAUAGACCAUGGCAAGGUGUACUUAACAGACAAAAUAGUGGUACGUCCAACCUUAAGUUUGAUGACAAACAAGUACAAGUUAUAUUGGAUGUCCAACAAUUUGGACCCGGUGAGAUAACAGUUAAAACAUCAGAAGGAGCAGUGAUUGUUGAAGGAAAACAUGAAGAAAAACAAGAUGAGCAUGGUUUUAUAUCCAGACAAUUUAAAAGAAGAUAUUUAUUACCUAAAGAUGUGGAUAUAGAACAAAUUGUUUCAAGUUUGUCUUCAGAUGGAAUACUAACAGUUAGCGUUCCUAAAAAGGAAAAACAAGUAACAAGUGAACGUAGUGUACCAAUUAUUCAAACAGGAAUACCAGCAGUAAAAGCAGCUGAAACAGUGAAAAAUGAUGAAACUCCCUUAGUUACUGAGAUUAAAGUUGAACAUCAAUAAUUUGAUUUAUUUUUAUUUACAUAUUAUACCAAUAAUGUAUUUUUAAUGAUGGUUUAUUAAAAAAAAUCUUUCAUAAAUCAA